AUGCCACAACGUAUGCGCAAAAUUGUUUCAAAAUGUCGACCACCAUUUGUUCGAUUACAUCGAUAUCGACAUUCAAUGCCUGCUACUGAUCAUUAUAUGUGUCAAAAUAAUCCACCGACUGUAUCGUCAUCAUACGAUUCAAAAAUGUCAAAUACAGGACUUUCAUCAUCGAUGCAAAAUUUAACACAUUUAACAAAUGCUGGUGCCAUUGGUACUGGUAUUGUACCACCACCUGUUCAUUUUCAACAACCAUUAAAUAUGCAAUCAACAACACCAUCAGUUGCAAAUGGGAAAGAUGAUAUGCGUGGAUGGUUAUAUAAAUGGACCAACUAUUUAAAAGGUUAUCAAAAACGUUGGUUUGUUUUACGAGCUGGUAUGCUUUCAUAUUAUCGUUCACAAGAUGAAAUGACACAUACAUGUCGUGGUACAGUUUAUCUUGAAUCAGCACAUUUAUCAUCAAAUGAUGCAUGUCAUUUUGUUAUAUCAAAUGGUUCAACUAUUUUACAUUUACGUACAUCAAAUGAAACUGAUAAACAACGUUGGAUGAGUGCAUUAGAAUUAGCUAAACAAAAAGCAUUAAAAGGACGAAAACAAUAUCAAGAUUCUGAUGAAGAUAUUUCAACAGUUGAUGAUUCAAAUGAUCAACAACAACAACAACAAAAUCAAUUACAACAACAACAGCAAGUUAAUGUAAAUGAUCAUACUAAAACAUUAAUAAAUACAAAUGAACGUGCUGAAUUAGUAACAAUUAAUAAAACAUUUGAUGUUAAAUUAGAGGAUCUUAAAAUGUGUAUGGAUUUAAUAAAUCGUCAUUAUCAAGCACUUUAUCGUACACUUGCUGAUCUUGAACAAAUUGAUAAAACAGAACCAACAGUAAAUAUAAUUAAAAGUGUUAAUGAACGUGCUACAUUGUUUCGUAUUACAUCAACAGCUAUGCUUAAUGCUUGUCAAGAACUUGUACAAUUAAUACAAAACCAAGGUCGUAAAUGGCAAAAAGCAAUUCAAUUUGAACGUGAUGCACGUUUACGUAUGGAACGUAUGUGUGAACAAGUGGCAUCACAAACUGUUAAAUUAGAAAAACAAAUGCAACGUGCAUCACGUAUUGAAAAGAAAAAUAUUACUGCAGGUCAUCCAACAUUAACAUCAUUAAAAUCAUCAGAUUUACGUGGUUCAAAUGAUGGAAAUAAUUUAUCUGAUGAUGAUGAAUUUUAUGAUGCUAUUGAUGAUCCACAAACUAUUGGUGUUUUUCGUAUUCCACUUCAACAACAUAUAUCAACUAAUGAUAAAGAAUCACCAAAUAUUGUUGAUGAUGAUGUAAGUUCAUAUGCUGAAGAUGAAAGUGAAUCAGAAGAACAAGAUGAAGACAAUCUACCAAUGGUUAUUGUCAAAGCACCAAAAACUGAAGAAACAACAAAUAAUGCAGUAACUAUAGCAGAAACAAAUGCUAAUCAAACUGCACAAAAACAAUUAAAUAAUGGUCAACAACAACAACAACAAGUAGCUAUACCAAAACGUAAACGUCGUGAUCGUAUACCUGAACGACCAAAUUAUAGUAUUAAUUUAUGGAGUAUAAUGAAAAAUUGUGUUGGCAAAGAUUUAUCAAAAAUUCCAAUACCAGUUAAUUUUAGUGAACCAAUAUCAAUGUUACAACGUAUAACAGAAGAACUUGAAUAUAGUUAUGUACUUGAUACAGCAGCUAAAAUAACAAAUAAUUGGGAACAAUUAGCUUAUGUUGCUGCAUUUACUAUUUCAUCUUAUUCAACAACAUCAACACGUGUUAAUAAACCAUUUAAUCCAUUACUUGGUGAAACAUAUGAAUGUGAUCGAACAGAUGAUUUAGGUUGGAAAUCAAUAGCUGAACAAGUUAGUCAUCAUCCACCAGCUUUAUCAACAUAUGCGGAAGGUCAAGGAUGGACAUUGUAUCAAGAAUUUACAAUGACAUCGAAAUUUCGUGGUCAAUAUUUAAGUAUAACACCAUUAGGUUACUCACAUUUAAUAUUUAAAAAUACGGGUAAUCAUUUUACAUGGAAAAAAGUAACUACUCUUGUCAAUAAUAUAAUUGUUGGCAAACUUUGGAUUGAUAAUGUUGGUGAAAUGGAUAUAAUAAACCAUACAACAAAAGAUGUUUGUAAAUUAAAAUAUUUUCCUUAUAGUUAUUUUUCAAAAGAUGUUCCACGUAAAGUAACUGGUGUUGUUACUGAUGCUACUGGUCAAGCACAAUGGGUAUUAACUGGUACAUGGACUGAGAAAAUUGAAGGUGGUCCUGUUGAAUCUACAGCCGGUCGUCAUUCACAUUCCCAUCAUAUGGAAACUCGUAAUAUGAAAUUAUUAUGGCAACGUAAAAUGCCACCAGCAUAUCUUGAAGCUAUGUAUAAUUUUACUCAACUUGCUAUUGAAUUAAAUGAAGAUGAACCAGGUGUUGCACCAACAGAUUCUCGUCGUCGUCCUGAUCAACGUUUAAUGGAAGAAGGACGUUGGGAUGAAGCUAAUCAAGAAAAAUUACGUGUUGAAGAAAAACAACGACAAGCACGACGUACUCGUGAAUCAUCAGGACAUAAUUCUUAUGAUGCUAAAUGGUUUAAAAAACAACAUGAUUCAUUGACAGAUUCUGAAAUGCAUAUAUAUACCAAUCAAUAUUGGGAAUGUAAACAAAAACAAGAUUGGUCACGAUGUGAUGAUAUAUUUUAA